GAAAUACUUUACUCUUUUUGUAUUCUGUGUUUUUUUCAGCUGGUAGUAUAUUUUUGAUAAGCAUUUAAACAGUAAAAAAGUAAAGCAAUGGCAGGCGAUGUGAUAGCUGGUGCAAAUGACAAGCUUUGGCGUCCUGUGCUUUCUAAAGUUAAAGGAUCUGUUGUUUUCAUUGACUUUUCAUGUGCCGAGUGCCUAUACUGGAGCGGUGGGCCCAAAAUAUUACUAGAUGCUGGCGCUGUGUCCAUUAAAGAAUUCUCCUCAUUUGAAAGUGGAGGAGAGAAAAAUACAAAAGCUGUCUUUAUUGUCAGUUCCCUUUUAAAAGGCCGAGCACAAUCUGUGCUGCGUGAUACCAUUAAAUCAAGCAAUUUCCAAUACUGUGUUGUAUUUACCACUUUUGAUGAAGACACCCAUAGAUUUUCAAACAGCACUAAUGUGGUGGAUGCUAAUUCACCCAUUUUCGAAGACUUAGAAUCCCAAAUUUCUCGCUGGAUGGGUGGAAUGAGUUACUCAUGUGAAGUUCUGUAUGCUCCCUUGUUUAUUGCUCCAUUUACAUCCCUUCUAUUUUUAACUCCAACUUUAAAUGAAGUUUUUCCAUUACUACAUCAUGAUUUAGCUGCGAUUGAUGCAGUGAGAAAAAGUAAAGGUGAACAGCAUGAGAUAAACAGACUUUCCGACGUUCACUUUUAUGCAUUGCCCACAAACUACCAGCUACAAAUUCGAAACCUGGCUGCUUCUCUUAACAACUUAUUUGAGGCUCUUGACUGCAAAGAUGAUUUAUUUGUGGUGGGUAGCACAAGCAGAUUAAUCGGCACGCAACUGGCCAAUCUUCCAGCAGCACGCCAACGGCGAAAAACAUCAUCAAAGCAAGCAUCACUUUUGCUUAUAGAUCGAACUCUUGACACUGUUGGGCCAGCAGCUCAUUCAGACGAUUCUGUUGUGGACAAAAUAUUUGGGAUUCUUCCAGAGUUGCCAUGCCAUGCAAAUAACGUUGCAAUCGACAUGUUGUGUCUGUCAUCUUUAAAACCAACAGACCUCAGUGAAAGUGACAGCAAUGAUAUCACAAGCAUGUAUUUCCCAGGCAGUCUAAUGCCACCAAAUGAAGCAUAUCCGAGCAUGCUUGAAGAUAUGAUGACAUCCUCACAAAGACUUGCACUCAGCCUAUUAAAAAAAUCACUGAUAAACGCUGCAGAAGAAGAAGAGUUCCAGGUUGAUCCAAAAAUCAGCAGCAACAAAUCGUCAGCAAAUCCAGAUGAACUACAUUCUGUUGUUGAAACUUUUUGUGGGAAUGCUGGUGCAAUUAUUUAUCACAGCAAUCUGUUGCAGUUAGCACUUGCAUCGUCACAAACCCUCUCACAUGAGUAUCAUGAGAAAUGGAUGGAACUGUCUUCUAUGGAGAAGAUUUUAAUGCAGAGUGCUGAUGAUACGACACCACUUACAAGGAUACUUGAUGUCAUUAACCAAGAAGAUGAAGACGGGAAUAGAGAGUGGACAGUGGAGGAAAUAUUGAUGUUGCUUGUUUAUAUUUGCUCCUUAAAAUCAGUGGCAGCUCCAGAUGAAGAAAUAUGGGAUGAAUUAUCAAGCACUCUUUCACUUGCGAUAACAGAGUCAAAGAUUGAAGAUCUUCCUGAUGGUUUGGUUGAAGCAUUAGGCAUGAAUGGAAGUGAAGAUAGUGAAGAUAUUGAUUUGGGACAAGCUCAAGAUGUUGUGCAACUUAUUGUUGAAAAACUGCAAGGUCUCUCAAACUCCCGUGCUGAUCUGAAGUUGUUUAAUUCCCUUCACCAAGAAACAAUGGGGCCACCUGAAUAUGUUUCUCUUAUAAGUCAGAUUCUUAACAAGGUAUUAGACCCCAGCAAGCCAGAUAUAGAACCUGACAUGGAACACAUAUCAACAGGGCUGAUGGGUUUAUUGAAAACUGGCUUCAGUAUGUUUAAAAAGGUCACCCCUCCAAGACCAACUGAUAGUUCUCUUCUAAUUAUAUUCAUGGUUGGUGGAAUAACUUUUGAAGAAGUUCGUUGCAUUCAUCGCAAAGUUAAGGAAUAUAAUUUGAUCAAUGGAAAAGACUUAAAAGUUGUUGUAGGUUCAACACGUGUGGUAACACCUGCGGACAUGGUGGACAAAUUACUGUUUGCAAAUAAUUUACUUCCAGAGAUGGGUUUGUAGUGUAGUAGAUAAUUUCUAACAUAUAUAUUGGUGCACUCAUAAGCUCACAUUGUGCAAUAAAAUUUACAUGAUUAAGAUA